GUUUAUACGUAAUUUUAUAUUUUUGCACUUCAUAUAAGUGAAAAAGAACAUUGUCCAACAAAUCUUUGAUAAAAACAAUUGGUUUUGUCUACUAAUUGUUAAUUUUCGAGUUUUCUUUUACUUCAAAAAAAAAAAAUCGUUUUGCUUUUCUUUGUUUAUAGAAACCAAUUUGUAAAUUGUGACCAUGGCAGAAAUUUCAGGCUUAUCAAACUCCGAUGUUGCUGAACUAUGCAAACCGGUUGAUCCCGCUACAAAGGAUUUUCUAUUCCAACAAACAAUGUACCGAAUCAAAGAUCCACGCGCCUCGUUGCCAUUUUAUACCGGCGUUUUGGGAAUGACAUUACUACAAAAAUUGGACUUUCCUGAAUCGAAAUUUUCACUAUACUUUUUGGGCUAUGAAGAUCCAGCCGAUGUACCAACCGCAAAUAAUGGCGAACGCACAAAAUGGGCCAUGUCACGAAAAGCAACGGUUGAAUUGACACACAAUUGGGGCACUGAAUCAAACCCAGACCAAAAAUAUCACGACGGAAAUAGUGAUCCGAGAGGUUUUGGACAUAUUGGAAUUAUGGUACCGGACGUUGAUGCCGCUUGUGAACGCUUCGAAAAACUUGGUGUUACAUUUGUGAAGCGGCCAAACGAAGGCCGAAUGAAAGGAUUGGCUUUUAUUAAAGACCCAGACGGUUAUUGGAUCGAAAUUUUCAACGCAAAUUGUGUGGCUCAAUAAAAUGAAAAUCUUCACUUGACUUGAAGAAAUACAACGAAGAACGAACAA